AUGGUCUCGCCUGCAGACAGAACAUCGGGCUUGGUUGUAGUUCGCGCCACAGCUGAACAAACACAAUUGGCUCUUGUUCAGCGAUAUGACCCGUCUGGGCCACUAACUUCGGAGCAACACAUCUAUCGGGCCACCGUUCUAGGUAAUGAGCCAUAUGCUCGAGAUGGGAGACAGUGUUAUUGGGUCCUCGUCCCAGAAGACGAUGUGACAACCAUAGGCUUCCUCUCCUCAGUAGCUACUAUAAAGCGUACUGUUGUCGUGGGUUCCUCUCCGUCUGGACAAUCUAGGGAUAAAGCCGCCUACUCGAUAACCCACGUCUUCACCCCGCCCCAUUUUCGUCAUAGGGGCUACGCCUCCGCCAUGAUGUCCCUUCUUCAUGUUCAUCUUUCCGCCUUGGUCGAUGAGCUUCACGACAAACACGGGCCUGCCAUUCUGUCUUUUUUGUACUCUGGCGUGGGGACCUUUUACUCCAGGUGUGGUCCGCCAGGGUGGCACAUACAAUCCUCCCGCGAAACGUACUGGAAGGUAUCAGAUUUACUAUCGUCCCAAUCUGCCGGCGUUCCAAGUGGUGAACUGCAUCCUAGGCCUUCCCCAAUUCGUGAAGAUAGCUUCGCUUCCCUCGCCCAGCUGGAUGCAGAUCUUCUUAGAUCUGAGGUUGCAAAUCACUUCUCGCCCGCGUUCGCGGUCCUCACCACGGGCGACGAGUUUUCCUGGCUGGUCGCCAGAUCCAAAUUCUACGGGAGGAUAUUGUCAUCGGAUCGUCCUCCACCUCAAUAUUGGGGCACCGUCCUCGAUGAACCAGACGAAGCCCCUUCCGAACCCGCCCAUACUAUCGAUAUCGCGAGGGGAUCGACUCUCACAUACGCAGUAUGGUUCUUCGACUACGCCAAAAAGGAGCUCCACUUCCUUAGAAUCCGGUGCCCUUUGGACCAACCGUGGCGGUUUGAGAUAAUUCUUCGAGAAGCUGCGACAGCGGCGGCGGAACAAGGCUGCGAGCGGAUAUUGGCAUGGAAUGUAGACGAGAAGUUAUUGGAUUGCACGGCCAAGAUCGAGGGCACGAUCACGAGGAAUAGGACGAAGAAUUUGGCUGCGGUCGCUUGGUAUGGGGAGGGUGAGUGCCCAGUGUGGUUGGCGAGUCAGAAGUAUGGGUGGUGUUGA